CCUGACACAGCCAUGUCACAACCACCUUCACCCAACGGUGCCACAUUAACAGAAAGCCAUAACCUGAAUGAAGUGCGGAAGAGUCACAAAGCUAGCAUGAAGAGAAAAUUUGAGAACAUGUGCGAGGGCAUCACAAGGCUAGGUGCUCAAAUACCCCUGAACAAGAUCUACACAGAGCUCUACAUCACAGAGGGAGAAAGUGAAGUGGUGAAUAAAGAGCAUGAAGUUUGGCAGGUAGAAGCAGCAUCCCGACCACAAACUACAGAAGACACACCCAUAAACUGCAAUGACAUCUUCAAAUCUGGACACAUAAGAACUGUCAUGACCAAAGGCAUUGCUGGCAUUGGGAAAACCGUCUCAGUGCAGAAGUUCAUCCUUGACUGGGCAGAGGAGAAAGCUAAUCAGGAUGUAGACUUUAUGUUUUUACUUCCAUUCCGUGAGCUGAAUCUGGUUAAACAUGAUCAGUACAGUCUUCACAAGCUCCUGAUUGGCUUCCACCCCGAUCUUGGGCAGUUAAAGAACACUGAGUAUAGAGAUUGCAAAGUCGUAUUUAUCUUUGAUGGUUUGGAUGAGAGUCGACUACCACUUUGUUUCCAGAAGAACCAGAAGGUGUCUGAUGCAGAUCAAACAGCAUCAGUGGAUGUGCUGAUGACAAGCCUCAUUCAGGGAGAAUUGCUACCCUCUGCUCUCAUCUGGAUAACCUCCAGACCAGCCGCAGCCAAUCAGAUCCCUUCCCAGUGCGUCAAUCUGCUGACAGAAGUGCGAGGGUUCAAUGACCCUCAGAAGGAAGAGUACUUCAGGAAGAAGAUCAGCAACCAAAAGGAAGCUAACAGAAUAAUCUCGCACAUCAAGACAACCAGUAGUCUCCACAUUAUGUGCCACAUACCAGUCUUUUGCUGGAUUGUAGCCACUGUACUACAGUCGAUACAGUAUAAAGACAAGAGGAAUGAAGCUCCCAAAACGCUGACAGAGAUGUUCAUACAUUUCCUCCGUAUCCAGACCAAAAUGAAGGACCAGAAGUAUCAAGACGAUGCUGAGAAAGAUGGGCUCCUGGCAUCACAUAAGGAUGUCAUUCUGAAACUGUCAGAGCUGGCUUUCGGACAUCUGGAGAAUGGCAACCUCAUGUUCUAUGAAGACGACCUGAGACAGUGUGGCAUUGAUGUCAGUGAAGCAUCUGUGUAUUCUGGCUUGUGCACUGAGAUCUUCAGGGUGGAAUGUGUGUUUGACCACAAGAAGGUAUACUGCUUUGUCCAUCUGAGCAUCCAGGAGUUUCUAGCUGCACUACACGUGUUCUCCUCUUAUCUGAAUAACAAUGAGGAGGUAUUGGGAUAUUUCCUGAAAAGAGAGGCCACCGAUACAGCAGACGCAGAUGUGCCACUUGAUGAGCUUUUGGAUGGUGCAGUCAACAAAGCUUUGGAAAGCAAGAAUGGACACCUUGAUCUGUUUGUUCGCUUCCUUCAUGGUAUUUCUCUGGACUCAAAUCAGAGACUGCUGCAGGGCCUAAUCUCAGAUGCCCCCACUUCAGGGAGUUUGGAGAAAAUAAUCAUGAACCUGAAGCAGAAAUUGACUCAAGAUGUCCCCCCUGAGAAAUUGAAAUCUGCUGAGAGGUGCAUCAAUGUUUUGCACUGUCUGGCUGAAAUGCGCGACCACUCUUUUCAUGAUGAAAUCCUGGCCUUUCUAAAGGAAGAGGACGUUUCAAAGAGAUUUCUUGAAGUGGGAUAUUGCUCUGCUGUGGCUUACAUGCUUUCUGUGUCCAAUAAUGUCAUGAAUGAGUUUGACCCCAAAAAAUACAGCACUUCUCCAGAAGGUCGCAGGAGACUGAUUCCAAUUGUCAGAUGCUGCCAAAAGGCCAUGUGA